ACGACCGUAAAAUAAAUAAAUAAACAUCGCCGAUAUUUCCACCAACCUGCCAACAAAGUUCAGCCUCUUACGUGCCUCUCUAGUUACCUUGUCUCGCCUACUUAUACAUACAUAUAUAUAUAUAUAUAUAUAACUCCAUAAGCAAGAAAAACACAAUUAUUUUCUGCGUUGAGAUUUCAAACGUCGUCUUUAUCUCUCUCCUUCCCUACCCCAACCAACCACUUGCAUUAAACUCAGAGCAAUUUCAAAGCACCGUCCAGUAUUAUAUAAUUGUGUGUGUGUCUAUAUAUAUAUAUUGUUUCGUGUAUUUGUGUUCUUGGUUUAUUGAAGAGAGAGGAAUUUGAUUGAUUGAGCUGGGUUUUGGAGAAAAUGCAAGCGAGUUCUGUUUUACCUUUGUCUCCGAAUUUCAAGUUUUACGGUUUUCCAAAGGAUUACGCGGAUAUUUCUUCUAAAAUGGCCGAGGAUUUCGGCGAGAAGCUCAAAAUCGGCGGUUCGGAGCGCCAAUUGAAGGAGGAAGAGGAAGAGCUUGGUUUGGAAUCUGCAAAUUUAGAGGAGAAGGAAGAUUUUGAUGAUGAGGAAGAGGAGGAACAAGAAGUAGAAGAUGAAGGAGAGGAGGAAGAGGAGGAACAAGAAGUAGAAGAUGCAGAAGAGGAGGAAUUUUCUUUCGUUUGCACGAAUCCUGACGGAUCGCCGAUUUCUGCGGAUGAUAUAUUUCAGAACGGCCAGAUCCGUCCGAUUUUUCCCAUUUUUGAUCGGUCUCUCCUCUUCUCCGACGGCGAUUCUUCCAAGGCUUCGGAUGUCUCUUCUCUGCGGCCGCCGUUGAAGAAGCUCUUCGUCGAAGACCGCGAGCCUCCGUCGUCUUCCUCCUCCUCCGAAGCCGACGAGCUGGAGGGAGUCCAGCCGGGGACGUACUGCGAGUGGUCGAAAAAGGCGGUGGAUGCCUCGCCGGAGCUGAGGAAGAAGAGCAAUUCCACGGGAUUCUCGAGGUUAUGGCAUUUCAGAGACCUAGUCGUGCGGAGCCACAGCGACGGCAAGGACGCUUUCGUGUUCCUAAACCCUAACUCCGCGAGCGCAAAGCAAAGCGUGGAAGCGAUUAAGAAAAUGGCGAAGGCUGAGAAGAACGAGAAGCCGGAGAAGGAGAUGAAGGUCGCCGCCGCCUCCGGGGAGGCGACAGUGAAGACCAAGGCUAAGACGAACAGAGGUGAAACGACGUCGUCGGCUCACGAGAGACAUUAUGUGAGGAAUAGAGCGAGGAAGGAGGAGGAUAAACGGAGGUCAUACUUGCCGUACCGGCCAGGUCUCGUCGGUUUCUUCACCAAUGCGAACGGGUUGAGCAGAAAUGUUCAUCCUUUCUGAUAAUAUUCUUUUUUUGUUUUUAAGAUAACUUUUCGCGGAAAUAGUAUUGGUUAAUUUAUUGAUGUAAAUGGUUGGAGAAUACUAAUCUUAUCUUUUAGGAUUCUGGAUUUGGCGUUCUCGGAGGCCCAUAUAGCAUGAUGUUAUUUUUCAGAUUGUAAAUUCGAUUAUAAUUAGUUCUUA